AAGAGUACCAAAUUCAAUAUACUCGAGCAAGUAACGACGACGGCUUCUGUGGUGUCAGACUCCAAGAACAAAGUAACAGCGACAAAGCUCCUCUUUUGAUCUCUCAAUUGAAAGCCCAAACCCUGAUUCAUCCAUCCAAAUCCUAAGCCAUCGAUCGAUCCGAUGCCAACCUCACCCAAAAUCUUCUACUCUCACGCCACCUCCCCUUCCCUCCCCUCUCGCCUCCGCCGCCUCUCCUCGUCCCCCACCUUCUCCAUCUUCUGCCUCAUCGUCGGCAUCCUCGGUUUCCUCUUCGGCUUGAUCUCAGUAUCAAGACCUCUAAUUUCGUCCCGCGGAUGCAGCAAUUUCAAACCCAGAUCCGUUUCGGUCGCAUGGGAGGAAGGGAGCGGGGGCGGAUCCGCCGGAUCUGGAUCCGGCAGGGAAAGGCAUAAGGUGAUGGGGUUCGUCGGGAUCCAGACGGGAUUUGGAUCGACGGGGAGGAGGAGGGCGCUGAGGAAAACCUGGUUCCCUUCGGAUCGAGAAGGUCUUGUCCGUUUGGAAGAAUCAACUGGUCUUGCUUUCAGAUUUGUGAUUGGUAAGACCAUUGAUAAGUCAAGGAUGGCAGCUCUGAAGAGAGAAGUUGAAGAAUAUGAUGAUUUCAUGCUUUUAGAUAUCGAGGAAGAGUAUGCUAAGCUUCCUAUUAAAACGUUAGCUUUCUUCAAAGCGGCCUAUGCCUUGUAUGAUUCUGACUUCUAUGUUAAAGCCGAUGAUGAUAUAUAUUUGAGGCCAGACCGGCUUUCCCUUCUUUUGGCUAAAGAACGUUCUCAUCCUCAAACUUACAUUGGCUGCAUGAAGAAGGGUCCUGUAUUUACUGACCCAAAGCUAAAGUGGUAUGAGCCUCUUUCGUAUUUACUUGGGAAAGAAUAUUUUUUGCAUGCCUAUGGUCCUAUCUAUGCACUUUCAUCUGAGGUUGUCGCAAGCUUAGCUUCCCUAAGAAAUAACAGUAAUCGUUUGUUUAGCAAUGAGGAUGUUACUAUUGGAGCUAUGAUGCUUGCAAUGAAUGUCAAUCAUGAAGAUAAUCGGGCACUUUGUUCUCCUGACUGUACAACAUCUUCAAUUGCUGUUUGGGACAUUCCUAAGUGCUCAGGGUUAUGCAACCCAGAGGCGAAGAUGUUAAUGCUCCAUAAAAGAGAAAUUUGUUCGAGCAGUCCUACUUCAGAAUCUUCAGAUUCUGAUCAAUAGCCGGUUUUGUUCAGUUCAUACUUCUACCAAUCAAUACCAUCCAAGAGAAGCCUGUACCAGGAAACCAUCCCCAAUCUGGGAACAGUGUGUGACUGAAAUUCAUUGCUUGCCAGAUGCUUAUUUAUUUGCUAUGGAUCACAUUCUUCUGUAUAUGUUCAUCUUGUCGAUUACUUUGAAGUCAUAUACACAAAUUUUGUCAAUUUUUUCAUUA